GCGGGACGCUGCCCGGCUCAGCUGCGCUGGCGGCUGCAAGUGGGGUCUGUCGCCCCAGUGAGCAGCUCGGCCCGGCCCGGUCAUGGCGAGGCGGGCGGUGGGCGGCCCCGGGCCCUACGGGGACGAUUUCACCUUCGUGAGCCCUCUGGUGAAGUACGUGCUCUUCUUCUUUAACAUGCUCUUCUGGAUGAUCUCGAUGGCGAUGGUGGCAGUGGGGGUCUACGCCCGGCUGCUGAAGCAUGCAGGUGAGGCAGCGAUGGCCUGCCUGGCAGUGGAUCCUGCCAUCCUGCUCAUCGUGGUCGGAGUCCUCAUCUUCCUCAUUACCUUCUGUGGCUGCAUUGGCUCCUUGCGGGAGAACAUCUGCCUGCUGCAGACGUUCUCUGUCUGCCUGACCAUCAUCUUCCUCCUGCAACUGGCAGUUGGUGUGCUGGGCUUCAUCUUCUCUGAUAAGGCACGUGGGAAGGUCAGUGAGAUCAUCAAUGGUGCCAUCGUGCAUUACCGGGAUGACCUGGACCUGCAAAACCUCAUCGACUUCGGGCAGAAGGAGUUCAGCUGCUGCGGUGGUGUCUCCUACAAGGACUGGUCCCAGAACAUGUACUUCAACUGCACUGCCACCAACCCUAGCCGGGAGCGCUGCUCUGUCCCUUUCUCCUGCUGCCUGCGGGACACCAGCGAGGUUGUCAUCAACACCAUGUGUGGGCAGGGCAUGCAGGCCAUGAGCUACCUGGAAGCCAGCACCUUCAUCUACACCAAUGGUUGUAUCGACAAGCUGGUCAACUGGAUCCACAGCAACCUCUUCCUGCUGGGGGGCAUCGCCCUGGGGCUGGCUGUCCCCCAGCUGGUGGGCAUCCUGCUGGCUCAGAUCCUCAUCAACCAGAUCAGAGACCAGAUCAAGCUGCAGUUCUACAACCAGCAGCACCGGGCAGACCCCUGGUACUGAGCCCUGGUACCCAUCCCUGCGGUGUGGUGCUGGCUUGUGGAGUCGGCACCUCAAGAAUGAUUUUCCAAACCCCGGAUCUGUAAGAAGAGCCAAAGGGGCUUUACUGGAGCAGAGGGAGGUUGGAGCAGGCUGUGGAUACCUGGAUUCAAGCGCGGUGGCUGCUGUGACACUGGGGACUCUGUGCUGUCAGCAGCUGGUGCCGGGCUAGGCUGGGAUGUGCUGUGCUUCUGUGCCCGGUGAACUGCUGUCCAUCUGUCUGUCUGUCUGUCUGUCCUUCCUGGGGGACUGAGAGCUGGUGUGCAGGCCAUGUGUGAAGCAGGUUUGCACUUGGCCGUGCUUCCCGCCUCCUCUUGUGCUGGAGGUGGGAGUUUGUCUGUCUGUCUGUCUGUCUGUGCACUGAGCUGCCUUUGCCCGGGACUUGAGAACUGGGGACAUUGCCUGCAUCGCUAGGUGCCACAAACCCUCUCAGCUCUGUCCUGGUGCAACCUGGGGAGGACAUCCAAGGGCCUCCUUGCUCGCUGGCCCAGAGCAGGAGCUGUUGCCGGUGAGUGCCUGGAAGAAGGAACAGGAUGCUCUGCCCAGGGCUUACCCAUGGGUGCUUUGUUAGCCAAGGGCAGGGGGCUUGUCCCUGCUCCAGGGGGCUCAAACCCCUCCACAGGGUGCUGAGCCCUGCGCUGAGGAGGGGACAGGCACAGCCCUGUGUCCCCUCUUGAGGGGUCAGUGCUGGGCCGUGAUGCUUCCCUUUGCUUUCACAGAGAAUAAAGAGAUGAGGCCAGA